UCAUUUUUUAAAAACUUCUGCCUCCAACACUCUCUCUCUAUCUCCUCUCUCCCUCUCUCUCUCCAUAAAACUCCUUCAAAUAUCGAUCUCCCCUCUCUCCUUCGAUCUAUCCGCGCUGCCUCCUACCACCAUGCCGUCAUCAAUAACCCUCUGCCGCCGUCACCAUCACCGGCGAGAGAUCGAACCAGCAACGCCAGCCAUGGUGCCGCCGCUGCUCUCCUUUUUCCGCCACGAUCAACCCCAGCGCCGAGCCAAGUCCUGUCGUGUCUACGGAGCCCAACAACAACAACCACACCGGCGAACAGCGCGACCAGCUGCCGUCGCCACCUCCUUCUCCGGCCAAGACCCUCCGUUCUCUCUUUCUUCCUCUCGCCGCCGCAGAGCCAUGCCAUUUGCGCCAUCACCUGCUUUGACCGAACCCCAUGAGGGUGUCAAGGACGACAUCCGCUGGUGACGUUGAUUGACCUCGUCCUUAUAAGAGUUCAAAGUCAAUUGCUAAAAAGAAAUCUCGAACAUCUGUAGACUCCAAUGAAAAAACUUUAGGAUUGUUUAAUAUUUUGGUGGUUGUUGGAUUAAUUAUUAAGUGUCAUGUAUUUUGGAUUUGGUUGUUUAAGGAGUAUUGAUUUGAAUUACUUAAAUGUUUUGAUAAUAUAGUGCCUUGUAUGGUUAUUUUAGAAA